AUGGAAGAAGGACACGUUGAGGUUGGAGGAAAUGGUAAUUCGGUGGACGAUGAUGACCAUGAGAUGACAGAGACGAAACAAGGCGAACCUUCCGAUGCUCAACCUAAAGCUGCUGGACGCUAUAUCCCACCGGGAUUGAGGAAACAAGCCAAUGGCGAUACAAAUGAAACAGAGGAACAACUCAAACUCACUCGCCAGCUGAAAGAAUGUGUGAACAAAGCAUUGCAACCGCCCAAGACCUCAACCCUCACGAGCAUCGUUAUUGAUGGCAUAUCAUCUCACUCAACCCUUCUGGACUCAUACGUGGUUCUGCGCACCGCAUUUAUAUCUAGCCUACAUAAAUUGAUCUGCACUGCAUUUGCCGCGUAUUUUGUUCAGAACGUAGUGUCAUCGUACGAACACCCCGCUUCGGUGGAGGAAAAGUCAGCCAACUCAAUGGAAGUAUCUGAAGACCUAGGGAAAGAGUAUUCCAACCUCAUCGUGCUUUUGUCGGAGCUGUACAAUUUUCAAUUCCGGGUAGAACUUCUGCUGAAAUUCUUCCAACAUGUUAACCGUGUGCUAGGUUCCGGCCAACAACUACGACAGGAUGAUCCCAUGGCAUUGAAGGACAUCGUAACUUUAGCACAGACCGGACAAGCCGAUACUAUGAGUUCACGCACGCGUUUCAUGAUCGAGACCCUAAAUAAUCUGAAGAACAAUAAAACCAAGAAGACGGCUGCGACACAGCAUCAGGGGGGCGAUGCGGUCGAGCGGAUGAAGAAGUUUCUCUCAGGGUUGGGAAAAAAGAAGCACGUUCUCGCGCACGAGCCGUUGCGGGUAUCUUUGGAGGAUCUUCAUUCGGCGGAAAGCAAAGGAAAGUGGUGGCUCAUUGGGGCUGCUUGGGGUGGAGAUCCUCUGGCCGAUCAGCCGCGCGAAGUUCCCCAGCAUAGUGGGGAACCGGAGACGGAUGACGUCAGCACUGCCGCGCUUCUAAAGCUCUAUCUAGACGCUUGCGAACGACUUGCGCAACUCGGCCUCACGGAAGUACAACAACGCGAGAUCAUCAGAGAUUUUGCAUCGCCGUCGUUGGCUGAACCAGUUUCGCAGGAAAAAUUUUAUAACCCGUAUCACACGCUUGUCUGUCAGAACCUGUCCCAGCGUUAG